AUGAAGGACAAUGAAAAGGUGAAAGAUUACAUUGAUAGAGUUAUGAAAAUUGUAAACCAAAUUCGAUUGUUAGGAGAAGAGUUAGAAGAGAAGAGAAUUGUGGAGAAAGUUAUGGUGACUCUCCCUGAAAAAUUUGAAGCUAAGAUUUCUUCUCUUGAAGAUACUUGGGACAUGUCACAAAUAUCAUUGAAUGUGCUUUCAAAUGCUCUACAAGCUGUAAAACAAAGAAAAGCCUAUAGGGAAGAAGAAACCUUUGGAGAGAAGGCUCUUGUAGUGACUCAACAACCAAAAAUGAAGAAGAAUUUCAGAAAAAUUGGAGGAAAGGCAGCAACUGACAAGAAAAACACCAAAAAUGAAGAGAAUUUCAAGAAAAAAAUUGGAGGAAGGACAGAUUUCCACCUUGUCCACAAUUGCAAAAAAACAAACCACACUGAGAACUACUGCUGA